AUGACUUCCGAAGCGGUCCACAUCCUCCCGCCACCCAUAUCAAUCACCUUCGGCACCGCCGACCUCCCACAAUGCAGCGCAAACCUGAUGCCCUUCCACAUCGACUACGAUGGGCCGGCGCCGGUGGACUCGUUUCUCGUGCGACGUAGUGCUUCUGACGAGGAGGAGAGCUUCAUCUCUGCGUUUCGAGGAAGGGCGGUACAGUCUACGCCGUUGCCUCUGCCCCACGGGUUCGUGGCGAAGGUCGUAGAGGUUUCGCAGGUGGCCGGAUCUUCCUCGGGUAGCUCGCGUGGUGCAGCGGCGGACAGCGAGGCGGCGCAACAUCGGGCGGAAGAGGACAGGGAGAGGGAGCGUAAGCGACGAAGAAUAGCCCACCAGGCACCGGCACAGCAGCAGAAGUUCUCGAUGGACAGCGACGAGGAGGACGAGGACGAGGGACAGUCUCCUGCAGAAGACGAGUACGAGCCCGCACCGCCUCAAGAGGAAGCCGAACGAGCUCCAGCAGCAGUCGAGUUGACCGAACAAAAGGCGAGCGAAGGACCAACAAUACACAUCGAACCCAUCGCACAGGUCGCGUCGGACCAGCUGACCAUUUGGGGGCCAGAUGGGCCGAUAGACAAGGGUGACGAUACGUUUUUUAGGACCAUUGGCGAGUGGUAUUCCGUCGUGGCGCCGCUGUUGCACGGGUGA